AUCAUAGCUGUUUUGAGUCUACUGAUUCCACAAAGUGGAUGUUGCACUGCUCAUUGCAAAAGAUCUUAUGUCUAAGCGCGAAGAAAGAAAAAAAAAUAAGUGAAAUUAAAACUUGUUUUGUAAUUGGUUGAUUAAUAUCUUUUUUAAUCCUUUUAAUAAAUUCAGACACUGUUAUAGCGUUGAAAGGAAUCAAUUUACAGAGCUUUUUUAAAACACCAGCUUGAAGUCUGUCAGCAUUUUAUUCGUGAAGUUUAGAUGUACUAGCUAGAGAUAGAUAGAUAUAAUCAUGGCUCAAUUUGGCCCUCCCGUUCAAACGUCAUUGGUAACUCGUGUGUCUUUGUCCUUCUCUUGCAAAGGAUUAUGGAAUGGAGACAUUCUCUCAAAGUCUGAUUCGGCUAUACAGGUGAUGAUGGAGUGUGGUGGAAAAUGGACAGAAGUUGGACGUACUGAAGUGAUAAAAAAUAGUUUAAAUCCUGAGUUUACAGAAAGUGUUGAAGUUGACUACAGAUUUGAGGAAGUGCAGAAAAUGAAAUUCAUUGUUUAUGACGUUGACGAAGCUGUGGAAGAUCUUUCUCAACAGGUUUUACUUGGCGAUAUGGAUUGCAGUCUUGCGCAAGUUAGUAUGUCGACUGUCCAUACACAUGCCACUAUUAUUGAGAGUUUUUACGUAUUUCAGAUUGUUUCAGCGAGAACUUUAACUGAAGAAAUACAUCUCGGCGAGUUUCCUGCUGGUACAAUGAAUAUCACAGCUGAAGAAAUUGUUGGUUCCUCAAACGUUGAAGUAAUGUUACAAUUCGAAGGACAGCAUCUGGACAAAAAAGAUGUCUUUUCAUUAUCAGAUCCUUAUCUUGAAAUUUCGAAGGAUCGUGGUGAUGGUACAUUUCUACCUGUUCAUCGCACACCCCAUAUUGAUAAUACUCUUGAUCCGAAAUGGAAACCCUUCAAUAUUAGUCUUCAAAAACUAUGUGCAAAUAACUAUGAUAUCCGGUUGAAGAUUGCUUGUUAUGAUUAUGAUGAUGAUGGCGGUCAUGACCUGAUUGGGGAAUUCUACACAACAAUGGCUGAAAUGGCAACAGCAGAGACUUUAAAGCUUCAAUGGGAAUGUAUUAAUCCAAAGAAACAAAAGAAGAAAGGAUACAAAAACUCUGGUAUAAUACUUUUAAAUUCAAUUCAGACUUACAAAGUACCAUCAUUUUUGGAUUAUAUUAUGGGUGGCUGUCAAAUCAACUUCACCGUUGGUAUUGACUUCACAGCAUCAAAUGGUAACCCAACUCAACCUAGUUCUCUGCAUUACUUCCAAUCUUAUGAACCAAAUGAAUAUGUGAAAGCUUUAUCCGCUGUUGGAGAGGUUUGUCAAGACUACGACACUGAUAAAAUGUUUCCAGCGUUGGGAUACGGAUGUAAGAUUCCACCAAAUGGCCAGAUUUCUUUCGAGUUUCCACUAAAUUUUAACCCUACAAAUCCAUAUUGUCACGGUAUACCUGAUAUCAUCGCAGCUUAUCAAAAUUGUGUUCGUCAAAUCGAACUGUAUGGACCAACAAAUGUUGCACCGAUUAUUAACCACGUCGCAAGAUUUGCUGAUGCAGCAGCAAAAAAUCAACAAUACGCAGCAUCUAACUAUUUUAUUCUGCUGCUCAUCACAGAUGGGGUCAUUUCUGAUAUAACGGACACUGUAACAGCUAUUGUCAAUGCUUCAUAUCUACCUAUGUCUCUUAUUAUUGUUGGUGUGGGGGAUGCUGAUUUUUCGCAGAUGAAUUUUCUUGAUUGCGAUGAGGGAUUAUUAAAAGCCAGAAAUGGUACGGAAGCACUGCGAGAUAUUGUUCAAUUUGUGCCGUUUAGAGAUUAUCGUCAGGUGGCACCUGCUGAACUCGCAAAAGCCGUGCUAGCAGAAGUGCCUAAACAAGUGGUUGAUUAUUACAUAAAGAAAGGAAUACAACCAAACACACCUCCACAUAUACCAAAUAUGCAAAUGCCCACUAUAUCCUAAACGGUCGUAUUAACCUGUAUGGAGUGUUAUUGCAUGAAAGGCUAAAUUCAUUUAGAUAAUUUUUUUUAUCGAUUUUUACUACCUGAAUUUGGAUUCGUUAUUAUAAAUGUGCUAGAUAUGGUUGGUGAAUUAUAGAAAGUCUGUAGUAAAAAGAAGUAUUAAAAAAUUAGCAUACUGUGAGCAUCUUUUCACCCUGAAAGAAAGUUUGUUAAGCCGAGCGACAUACAAAAUUUGUAAAUAAUUUUUCAAUUUUUUAUGAUUGUUAUUUUUCAUUUUUUAAUAUUUUUAAUAUUUGUGACAUUUACAUGUUUUUUUUAAUUAGCAGAAAUAGUUUUCUUUCCA